GUCCAAGAUGUCCGAGCGGCACCAUGCCUAGUGCGGCCAAGGCACCUACAGCCGAGCAGGAGAGCUCCUCACGGAACGUCGCGGAGCCCUCCUCGCCCAUCGGCUCGCCCAUCGUCGCCUCGCCGCCGAAGCGUCCUCGCACCCGCCCCGACUGCAAGGACUUUGCAAGCCCCCUGUCAGAGCGCAUCGCCAAG